GUCGUGGCGCUGUGAGGAAGGCUGGGACCAGAGUUCAACAAACAAGAGGGUCUCUAUCCAUUUCCUAAUACCUGGAGUGACAUCGUCAUAGCAGUACCAAACUAAAUCACACUGCUGGAAAAAUGAGGCGUGCAGGCUUGGGGGAAGGACCUCCUGCCUAUGCUGGAAGUGGUUAUAGUGUGUAUGAAGAAGAAAAUGAUAAAUUAACGGAGGGCCUUCGAGAAAAAGUGACUGCAUUAAAAACUCUUUCCAUUGAUAUUGGAACUGAAGUGAAAUACCACAAUAAGCUCCUGGAUGAAAUGGAUACGGGAUUUGAAUCUACAGGUGGACUAUUGGGAGCAACCAUGGGUAGACUCAAACACUUAUCCCGUGGAAGCCAAACAAAACUGUUAUGCUACAUGAUGCUGUUUGCCUUUUUUGUAUUCUUUGUACUUUAUUGGGUUAUUAAGUUGAGGUGAAAUAAAUUUGUGCCACUCCAGUUUUUGGAUCUAAUUCAUUUCUUGCAACUAACUAACUCUUUUAUGGAAUAAUUCAGGUCUGAUUAAUCUUCAAAUAUUUACACAUUCAUACCAGAGACUAUAAUUUUAUAAUCUCUGACAUUCUCUCUAUGGUUGCUAGUAACUGAAAUGUUCAUGUUUAUGGAAAAAUAAUCAGCAAUGGUAUGACUUUGAAAUUUGAAAUUAAUUUUAUUUUCCUGUAACAAGUGAACUGCAUAAUGGUAUUGCCAAGAGAUUGUAAAAUUGGUGAGCAGUUAAAUUUAAAAAGACAUAUCUUCAAAAUAAUUGAUAAACAGUAAACAAGACUGUUCAUUUUCCAAAUUACAGAGCUUGGACUUAAACAUUUUAUAAUGGUGCUCCAGGCUGGUACAUUAUAAUACUGUGCAACAGAGUAGUAACAGCCAUUUCUAUAAUACAAUAUUACCUUUGUCAAAAUCAGGCCAAGAUGUUCUAAAAUUGGAAGAUUAUUGGUGGGGUCGUGGAUAAUAUGGAAGCCUAUUAAAGCUAAAUCAUCCUUUGAUAUCUUGCUUGCAUCUUACUUGCCAAUUACAUAAUAAGUAGAACUGCAUAGAAUGUGCUUAGAAAUAAACAGUCAUUCCAUUAAUUUAUUUAAAGUUUACAUAUCAAUUUUGAUAUUUUGUUUCUUUCUCCUCAUCCUGUGAGACUUUCUAAACUUGUUUUGAUGCAACUUUCAAAUCUCUCUUCUGGAUCUUUCUUUUCCUCAAACUAGAAAGUAAUGUUCAGUCAGAAUUCCCCAUCAGGUUGCUUUCAUGCAUUCUCGAGACAGUGCAGCAACAAUAGAGUUGCUUCCUCUAUUUAUGAUCCGCAGUUUACGUAGUGCAUGCUGUGUCAGCUUUCUGCCAUAAAUUUUGUAUAUAUAAUAAAAUUCUUCAAAGGAGAAUUAUUGUAAGUAAGUAGAGCUUUUUUUGAUUUCUAAGAUGAUGUGUAUUUUAAGGGAUUUUUCAUGAUUCAUGCCAUUUUUAUUUCUACUGCCUUUUUAUUUACUAAUUAUAAAACAUUUUGGUAAAUGUUGAAUUUUAACAAUUUACGUGUAAUAGUUCUGAGAAUUUCCUGCUGUUAUUUAUUGGUUGAUAAAAAGCAACUGUGAAACUUCAAAGAGUACACUUUUAAGUGGGAGACAUUUAACCGAAGCAAUGCUUGACUUCCAGUCUUGUUGAUGUGCAUCAUUUUCAAACUCAUGUCUGAAGUGCUCACACCUUUUGUGACUAUGAGAUGGAUCUAAUCUAUUGUAAUUCAGAUUCUCAGAAACUCCAACAACUCAUACAAAGUUGGGAUAACAUGUAAGGUAACUAUUUCUUUUAGAGGUUUUAUCCCAACUGUAGUGGAUUUUUUUUGGGUUACUGUGCAAUUUUCUUUUGAAAGAAAUAAGUUCUUAACAAUCACUUUGAAAAUCUUUAGUGUAACACAAGUGCAGGAAUUAUUUAUGAGGUUAAUUUCAGUGAUGGUGUCUGGCUUUUUAUUGCUGCUCUGGUACUUGUAAAGAUAUUGUUUAUGAGUAUUGUCCAUAACACAAGCAGGCAGUAAUUCAAAAUUAAUUGGCAGUUUCAUUUGGAGAUUACUGAUGAAAUAGGACGACCUUUUGUUCAAACCAUUAUUUUGGAAUUUUUCAUGAAUGUUGAUGUUUAAAAUUCUGGUCCAUGAUAGCAGUUUAAAAAAGGUUUUAUUCAAAUGAUGCAAUUGUUAUCUGUAAUUUAAAAAAUACAAAUCAAAGUACUUCUUCCAAAUUAAUUAAAACUGAUCUUUUUAAACUUGUCAAAUAGCAUGUUUCCUUCUUAUUUUAAUAUUUUACAUGGAACAUAAAACAAUGAAAAAUAGAAACUUCAGUAUAAAUUGUUCAUAUGUUUUGCAUAGUUGAUUUAGAUAUAAACCUGUAACUACUCAAUAGUGAGCCAUUGUAGGGAGGGGAAUGGAUCAUUUUAGCCAUACCUCAACUAAGUAUGUUUUUGGAAACUCUGAUUUUUUUUUUUAUUUCUGUUUCCUUUGUAAAGUAUUCAAAUCAUCUGUGCCUGCUUUAACACUUCUUGAAAUCAUAACAUCUUUUUAAUGUCAUGAAACAUCUCAAGAUGAUUUGCACAAAUGAAUGACCACUCAGCAGAAGCUGAAGGACAAGUUAGGGAAAUAAUUGUAGGUACAAUUAAAGAAGAAUAUUGGUGGCUUUUGCAGAGGAAAAGAGAUGAGUAAAGAUAGAGGCAGUAUGAGUCAGAAUUCUUGACGAUGGUACCGCAUUAGGGGAAGAAUAAAGAACAGUUCAGUACAAUUCCAAAUAAUUAAUGGUGGAAUUAAAUACUGUGUUAGUGAAAUACUGACAUUUGGAUGACAAAGUAGUUUCAAUGGCAGACAUCAUUUCUAAUCAAAAUUUUAACAGACGUAGACAAUUUGAUCUAAAAUUAACUAUAAAAUGCGGGAGACAAUGCUUCUCUUCUUACAAAGAGAAAGAGGUGAAACUCUACGUUUAAAAAAUACUUAUGUUCCAUUGUUACCGACUGGUAGACAUAUCAUUGGCUAUUAAUAACAUAAAUAUGGCAACAUUUGAAGGUUGUGUUUUCUCAGAAACAAGCUAACAUUAUCCUUACUUCUGGUGUUAUUCAUUUGUUACAUCGCCAACAAUUGGAGCAGUUCUGAUUAAUGAUGACUUGUACUGAAUAUUAAAUAAUUGUGCCGAUACUAAGGAGAAACACAAGUGUGUAAAUCACUCCCCUAAAGUGAUUGCCAGAGAAUAUUGUCUAAUUGUAAACUAAAGAAAAUUAUUAGGAGUUUUUUUUGUAAUGUCAAGGUGGUGACAAAUUGAUUUAAAACAGUAUACUCAAUUGUUAAGAAACUUAUUAUUGCUUGAUAAUUCAAUGUAAACAAAACUGUAACACGAGAAUGAUGCACGUGUUCUAAAUCUUCCUUUUGCUGUUUAAUCAGUUUUACAACUGGGUCGGUUUGUUUCAAAAAUCCUAAGUUUUUAUUCCUUGCUACUGUAAACAAACAUUAAAAUGAAAGCUAGGAGUUAA